GUCCCCCGGGAAUUAGGGGAUGCGGGCAGAGCCCAGACUCUCACCCACCUCCACUCCGUGCCGGUGAGCGCGAGCGGCGGCAGAAUGGAGCACUAAUUCUCCAGGGCGCGCUUGGGCAUUCGACCUGAGAGGCGACCCACCCGCAGCCCCUCUCCGCGUUCGAACUCCGACUAGCUCUCUGCCCCACUUUACAACUGGAAAAACGGAGGCUUCCCCCGCCCCAGCUCCCACCUGAUGUAAAGAAGAGUCCUCGAGUGGGGGGUCGGGGGUCCUGGGUUCUAGUUCCAGCCUCGACUGUGGCCUUUGGCAACGCCCUGCCCCUCGGGCAGCCCAACGAUGAAGUCGGCCGGAGCCGGACAGCCCUGACCGAGGCACGGGCUCAGGACUGGCUGGUUCAGGGGCCCGCAGUGCUGCCCCUUCUCCGCACGCUGCCUCUGGGGCUCGUGGCUCUUCUCAGCGAUAAAUGAUACAUGAAGGUUGAUAGCCUCUUGGACCCCAGGCCUGCAGCGAGCGACAGCCCGGGCAGCCAAUCAGAGCUCCCAGGAACCCUGCACCACGGGCUAGAGGAAUGAGGUUCAGAGAGGGCCGAGGGUUACCUGCAGCCACACAGCGCGCGUCCUCAGCCUGACCGUCGUGUGCUCUGUGCAUUUCCACCAUGGCCUUCUGGACACAGCUAAUGCUGCUGCUUUGGAAAAACGUCCUGUAUCGCAGGAGACAGCCGAUCCAGCUCUUGGUGGAGCUGCUGUGGCCUCUGUUUCUCUUCUUCAUCCUGGUGGCUGUGCGCCACUCCCACCCCCCACUUGAGCAGCAUGAAUGCCACUUCCGCAACAAGCCGCUGCCCUCGGCCGGCACCGUGGCCUGGCUCCAGGGCCUCCUCUGCAGCUCGAACAACACCUGCUUCGCGCAGCCCACGCCCGCCGAGCAGCCCGGCGUCCUCAGCAACUUCCAGGACUCCCUGGUCUCCCGGCUCCUGGCAGAUGCCCGCACCGUGCUGGGGGGUGCAAGAACCCACAGGAUGCUGGCCAGCCUGGGAAGGCUGAUGCCCGCGCUGAGAGGGGCAGGCGGAGCCGCCCAGCCUCUGCCGAGCAACCCACCGCAGGACCGCCUACCCCUGACCGCUGAGCUGCUGGGGACCCUGCUUCGAAAGGAAUCCCUGGGGUCAGGGCUUGGCCGAGCCUGGGAGUCCGUGAGCAGCUUUCUGGAGGCAGCAGAGGCCCUGGCCCAGGAGCUCCUGGCACUGCCCAGCCUGGUGGAGCUGCGGGCGCUGCUGCGGAGACCCCAAGGGCCGCGUGGAGCCCUGGAGGCUGUAUCAGAAGCCCUCUGCAGUGGCAGGGGCCCUGGCGUCCCAGGGGGGCCCUCCCUCGACUGGUACGAGGCCACCCACCUGAAGGAGUUGGUGGGGCAGGAGCCGGCCCCGGGCCUGCCCGACAGCAGCCCGAGCCCUGCCUGUGCUGAGCUGAUGAGGUCGCUGGAGACCCACCCACUGUCCCGCCUGCUCUGGAGGCGCCUGAAGCCGCUAGUCCUCGGGAAAGUGCUGUUUACCCCAGACACGCCCUUCACCAGGCAGCUUAUGGCCCAGGUGAACCGGACCUUCCAGGAGCUGGCCCUGCUGAAGGACCUGCAGGGGGCGUGGGCUGCGCUGGGGCCUCAGCUCUUCAGCUUCCUGAACGACAGUUCCAACGCGGCCCUGCUGCGCAGGCUCCUGCAAGCUCAGGACAGAGGAGGGAGGCGCCCAGGACCCGGAGGCCAGGCCCAGGCUCUUCUGGCCUUUCUGGACCCCCGUGGGGAUGGCUACAGCUGGCAGCAGGCCCAUGCUGAUGUGGGGCACCUGGUGGGCAUGCUGGGCCAAGCGAUGGAGUGCGUGACCCUGGACAAGCUGGAGGCGGCGCCCUCAGAGGCAGCCCUGGUGGCGCGGGCCCUGGAGCUGCUCGCCGAGCACCGCUUCUGGGCCGGCAUCGUCCUCCUGGGGCCCAAGGAGCCUCUGGACCCCACCCAGCUCUCAGGCCCUGGGCACCUGCGCAUCAAGAUCCGCAUGGACAUCGACGCUGUCACGAGAACCAAUAAGAUCAGGGACAGGUUCUGGGACCCCGGCCCCGAUGCUGACCCCUUGAGAGACCUGCGCUACGUGUGGGGUGGAUUCGUGUACCUGCAGGACCUGCUGGAGCGCGCGGCCGUGCGCGUGCUCAGCGGCUCGGAGCCCCGUGCAGGCCUCUACCUGCAGCAGAUGCCCUACCCUUGCUACAUGGAUGACGCGUUCCUGCGUGUACUAGGCCGGUCGCUGCCCCUUUUCCUGACGCUAGCCUGGAUCUACUCGGUGGCACUGACCGUGAAGGCCGUGGUGCGGGAGAAGGAGACCAGGCUGCGCUACACGAUGCAGGCCAUGGGGCUCAGCCGCACGGUGCUGUGGCUGGGCUGGCUCCUCAGCUGCCUGGCGCCCUUCCUCCUCAGCACGGCGCUGCUCGUGCUGGUGCUCAAGCUCGGGGACAUCCUCCCCUACAGCCACCCGGCCGUGGUCUUCUUGUUCUUGGCGGCUUUCGCCGUGGCCACCGUGGUCCAGAGCUUCUUCCUGAGCGCCUUCUUCUCCCAUGCCAACCUGGCGGCUGCGUGCGGAGGCCUUGCCUACUUUGUGCUCUAUCUGCCCUACGUGCUGUGCGUGGCCUGGAGGGACCAGCUGCCUGCGGGGGCCCUCGUGGCUGUGAGCCUCCUGUCGCCUGUGGCCUUUGGGUUUGGCUGCGAGAGCCUGGCGUUACUGGAGGAGCAGGGCGAGGGCGCGCAGUGGCACAACGCGGGCACCGGGCCCGCCCCUGGCGCCUUCAGCCUGGCCCAGGUCUCUGGGAUCCUGCUGCUCGAUGCUGUGCUCUAUGGCCUCGCCACUUGGUACCUGGAGGCCGUCUGUCCAGGCCAGUACGGGAUCCCCAAACCGUGGAACUUUCCCUUUCGGAGAAGCUAUUGGUUUGGACCUCGUUCUCCCAAGGGCUCUGCCCCGCCUCCCAGCCCAAAGGACCCAGAGGUGCUGACCGAAGCCGUCCCAGCCGGCCUGACCCCAGGGGUCUCUGUGCGGGGCCUGGAAAAGCGCUUUCCCGGCAGCCCCCGGCCGGCCCUGCGAGGGCUCAGCCUGGACUUCUACCAGGACCAGAUCACCGCCUUGCUGGGCCACAACGGGGCCGGGAAGACCACCACGCUGUCCAUCCUGAGCGGCCUCUUCCCACCCACGGGUGGCUCCGCCCGCAUCCUGGGCCAUGAUGUCCAGUCCAGCAUGGCCACCAUCCGGCCCCACCUGGGCGUCUGCCCACAAUACAACGUGCUGUUCGACAUGCUGACCGUGGAGGAGCACAUCUGGUUCUACGGGCGGCUGAAGGGUCUGAGCGCAGACGCCGUGGGCCCCGAGCAGGCCCGCCUGCUGCAGGACGUGGGGCUCGUCCCCAAGCGGCACGCACAGACGCGCCACCUCUCUGGUGGAAUGCAGCGGAAACUUUCAGUGGCCAUCGCCUUUGUGGGCGGCUCCCAGGUCGUCAUCCUGGACGAACCCACAGCCGGUGUGGACCCCGUUUCCCGCCGCAGCAUUUGGGAGCUGCUGCUCAGGCACCGGGCAGGUCGCACGCUGAUCCUCUCCACCCACCACCUGGACGAGGCAGAGCUCCUGGGAGACCGUGUGGCGGUGGUGGCCGCGGGCCGCGUGUGCUGCUGCGGGUCCCCCCUCUUCCUGCGUCGUCACCUGGGCUCUGGCUACUACCUGACGCUGGGGACGGAGCCCCUGUCCCCAGCUGCCAGCACAGAGGGUAACGCCGACUCGGAGGACCCCGGGCACAGAAGGGAGCCCACCAGGCAGGCUGGUCCCGCCCAGCUGCUGUCCCUCGUACAGUGCCUGGUGCCCGGGGCCCGGCUGGUGGAGGUGCUGCCCCAUGAGCUGGUGCUGGUGCUGCCCUACGGGGGCGCCCUGGACGGCAGCUUUGCCAGGCUCUUCUGUGAGCUGGACCGGCGGCGGGAGGAGCUGGGGCUGGCCAGCUACGGGAUCUCCGACACCAGCCUUGAAGAGAUCUUCCUGAAGGUGGUCCAGGAUCAUGCUGUGGACACAGACCCAGAGGAUGCGGCCGCAGACCGCAGCCGCAGGCAGGACCUGGGCCCGGGCCUUGCUCGCCCUGGUGUGACCCCGCGGCUCACGAUUCUGCCAGAAGAGUCGGUCCUGGAGAAUGGCGAGUUUGCGAGGCCUGCCCCAGAAACACAGGCCCUGCGCGGCCUCGGGCCAGACAUGGCGGGCCGCGUACACGGCUGGGCGCUGACCCGCCAGCAGCUCCGGGCCCUGCUUCUCAAGCGCUUUCUGCUGGCCUGCCGCAGCCGCCGCGGCCUGUUUACACAGAUCGUGCUGCCUGCCCUCUUUGUGGGCCUGGCGCUGGUGUUCAGUCUGCUUGUGCCUCCUUUCGGACACUACCCGGCUCUGCGCCUCACUCCCAGCAUGUAUGGUGCGCACAUGUCCUUCUUCAGUGAGGAUGCCCCAGGGGAUGCAGAUAGAGCCCGGCUGCUGGAGACACUGCUGCAGGAGGCGGGGCUGGAGACCGACCCGAAGAACGGCUCGGCCAGGACGCCUGAGUGCUCGCCGCCUGCCGCCUGCUGGUUCUGGGUGCCCGACGUUCCCGUGGAUGUCGCCGAGGUCUUGGCCAAGGGCAACUGGACCCCAGAGUCUGCGUCCCCGGCCUGCCGCUGCAGCCAGCCCGGCGCCCGGCGCCUGCUCCCCGCCUGCCCGGCCGCGGCUGGCGGCCCCCCGCCACCCCAGGCGCUGGCCCGCUCCGGCGAGCUGGUGCAGAACCUGACGGGCCGGAACCUGUCCGACUUCCUGGUCAAGACCUACCCCCGCCUGGUGCGCCAGGGCCUGAAGACCAAGAAGUGGGUGGACGAGGUCAGGUAUGGGGGCUUCUCCUUGGGGGGCCGAGACCCAGGCCUGCCCUCAGGGCAAGAGGUGAGCCGCUCGCUGCAGGAGCUGCGGGUGCUGCUGAGCCCCCAGCCCGGCGGGGCCCUCGACCACAUCCUGAACAACCUCACUGCGUGGGCCCACGGCCUGGACGCCGAGGACAGCCUCAAGAUCUGGUUUAACAACAAGGGCUGGCACGCCAUGGUGGCCUUCGUCAACAGGGCCAACAACGCACUGCUGCGUGCCCGCCUGCCCCCCGGCCCUGCCCGCCGCGCCCACAGCAUCAGCACGCUCAACCACCCCCUGAACCUCACCAAGGAGCAGCUGUCCGAGGCCGCGCUGGUGGCCUCCUCGGUGGACAUGCUCGUCUCCAUCUGCGUGGUGUUCGCCCUGUCUUUCGUGCCGGCCAGCUUCACCCUCGUUCUCAUCGAGGAGCGCGUCACCCGGGCCAAACAUCUGCAGUUUGUGGGGGGCCUGCCUCCCACUCUUUACUGGCUCAGCAACUUCCUCUGGGACAUGUGUAGCUACUUGGUGUCGGCAUGCAUCGUGGUGCUCAUCUUCCUGGCCUUCCAGCAGAGGGCGUAUGUGGCUCCGGCCAACCUGCCUGCCCUCCUGCUGCUGUUACUGCUCUACGGCUGGUCGAUCACGCCCCUCAUGUACCCAGCCUCCUUCUUCUUCUCCGUGCCCAGCACGGCCUACGUGGUGCUCACCUGCAUCAACCUCUUCGUUGGCGUCAACGGCAGCAUGGCCACAUUUGUGCUUGAGCUCUUCUCUGACCAGAAGCUUCAGGAAGUGAGCCGGAUCCUGAAGCGGGUCUUCCUGAUCUUCCCGCACUUCUGCCUGGGCCGGGGGCUCAUCGAUAUGGUGCAGAACCAGGCCAUGGCUGAUGCCUUUGAGCGCUUAGGAGACGGGCGGUUCCAGUCCCCACUGCGCUGGGAGGUGGUUGGCAAGAACCUCUUGGCCAUGCUGGUGCAGGGGCCCCUCUUCCUCCUCUUCACGCUCCUGCUGCAGCACAGAGACCGCCUCCUGCCACAACCCCAGCUGAGGUCGCUGCCCCCCCUGGGGGAGGAGGAUGAGGACGUGGCCCGGGAGCGGGAGCGGGUGGCCCAGGGGGCCACCCAGGGGGACGUACUGGUGUUGAGAGACCUCACCAAGGUAUACCGUGGGCAGAGGACGCCAGCUGUCGACCGCCUGUGUCUGGGGGUCCCCCCUGGUGAGUGUUUCGGGCUCCUGGGAGUGAACGGAGCAGGGAAGACGUCCACGUUUCGCAUGGUGACGGGGGACACGCGGCCCAGUGGCGGUGAGGCUGUGCUGGCCGGCUACAGCGUAGCCCGGGAACCUUCCGCCGCGCACUGCCACAUGGGCUACUGCCCUCAGUCGGACGCGAUCUUCGAGCUACUGACCGGCCGCCAGCACUUGGAGCUGUUUGCGCGCCUGCGCGGCGUCCCCGAGGCGCAGGUUGCCCAGACAGCGAGCCUGGGCCUGGCACGCCUGGGGCUGCCCCAGUUUGCUGACCGUCCUGCGGGCACCUACAGUGGAGGCAGCAAGAGAAAGCUGGCCACGGCCGUGGCGCUGGUGGGGGACCCGGCUGUGGUCUUCCUGGACGAGCCGACCACGGGCAUGGACCCCAGCUCACGCCGCUUCCUCUGGAACAGCCUCAGGGCCGUGGUGCGGGAGGGCCGCUCCGUGGUGGUCACCUCACACAGCAUGGAAGAGUGUGAGGCUCUCUGCACGCGCCUGGCCAUCAUGGUGAACGGGCGGUUCCGCUGUCUGGGCAGCGCGCAGCACCUCAAGAGCAGGGCCGAGCUGCGCGAGGGGCACGGCGGCCGCCUGCGGUUCCACCUGCCGCCGGGAGGGCGCUGCUCCCUGGCUCGCGUCUUCGGCGAGCUGGCGGCGCGCGGGCGGGAGCACGGCGUGGAGGACUUCUCCGUGAGCCAGACUACGCUGGAGGAGGUGUUCCUGUACUUCUCCAAGGACCAGGGGGAAGAGGAGGACGUCAGGCAGGAGGCAGGAGUGGGGCCAGGCCUCGUGCCACGCCCGCCGCACCCCAAACUCCUCUCGGGGCUCCUCGAGGACCCCAGCCCGGCGGAGACAGUGCUGUGACCCUCUGUCCCGGCUGGGGUUGCUGGGAGCUGCCGGCUCUCAGGAUCCAUCACCUUGGAGGAAAUAAAGAGAAGUGGGGUGAA